AUGCAGGUGGGGCCGGACGGGGAGCCCAUCGACCCAAUCGAACCACGCCGCACCGCUCACGACGUGCCCGCAGACCCCACUGCCCCUCCCCCUCCGCCUGCACAUGCCUCCGCACCCCUAUCCUCCCCGGGCGCGCUUCCUCUGUCCGCCCAUGAGCCUGCGCCCGCCCCUCCGCGCCCAGUGGUGCAGCUGGACCCCGUGGCCCGGCGCCGCCACCGCAACAUGUUGGGAGCACUGCUUGUGGGCACGCUGCAGGUGGGCGUGGGGAGUAGGCACGCUGCAGGGGCACCACCCCAACCACUUUGCUUACCCGCCCCCUUUCUCCCUAUCACUGUUUUCCCCCAGAGGGCGAGAGAGGAGGAGGAGAGGGAUGCAGAGCUGCUGGCACGGAGGGCGAUGAUUCAGCAGAAGGCAGAGCAGCGAGUGGCGGAGCAGAGUGAGCGGCUGAAGGAGCAGGAGAGGGAGAGGAUUCUGCAGCAGCGCAAGAGAGACCUCGUGCUGAGGGCGCGGCUGAUGGCCAAGGCGGAGGAGAAGGAGGUGCACCUGCUGGCGCGCCACUGGCACCGCCACCGCUCCCUGCUCUCGCACUUCAUCCGCACACAGGCCUCGCCACCCAUCAUGUAUCUGCCGGCCCGUCCCUCGCCACCCACUGACAAGCUACUGCAGGCACAGGCGCAGAGCUUGGAGGAGUGGCAGCAGAACCAGGAGCGCAAGGUGCAGCAACUGGUGGCGGACUCGCUGCAGCGCCACCUGGCAGAAGCUGAUAGGCUCAUGCUGCCCCAGGGUGGUGAGGAGGGGCAGGCACGGAUGGACUCAGUUGUGGAUGAGGAAGAGGAGAGGGACGAGAGGAAAGAAGGGACUAGUGAAGUGCGGGUGAAGGAAGAGAAGGUAGCAGCGCCUGAUGGUGAGCUGCUGAAAGAGGAGGGUGUGGAUGGGGAGGGGAAGGGGAAGGGGCUGGAAGGAGAGAGCAGUGGUGUGCGGCAGCAGCAUGCGGAGGAGGCGAGUGGUGGGACGGGUGGAGCAAGGGAGGAGGGGUUGAGAGACAAGUAUAAAGGGGAUGAGGGAAAGGAGGAGGAAGGUGUGGAGGAGAGGGGUGAAGAGGUGAGGAGAGAGAGGCGGGCAAGGGGGGACAAGGGCAGGGAGGAAGAAGGUGAGGGCAGGGAGAAGGGAGGUGAGGGCAGGGAGAAGGGAGGUGAGGGCAGGGAGAAGGGAGGUGAAGGCAGGGAGAAGGGAGGUGAGGGCAGGGAGAAGGGAGGUGAGGGCAGGGAGAAGGGAGGUGAGGGCAGGGAGAAGGGAGGUGAGGGCAGGGAGAAGGGAGGUGAGGGCAGGGAGAAGGGAGGUGAGGGCAGGGAAAAGGGAGGUGAGGGCAGGGAAAAGGGAGGUGAGGGAAGGAGGAGGUCACGUGAGCGGCGCUCACCGGGGCGCCGCGUCCCUCGCACCCGCUCCCCGCACUCCUGCUCCCCGCACUCCCGCUCCCCGCACUCCCGCUCCCCUCAAAGGCGCUCUUCUCAGGGCAAAGGCACUGAGAGGCGCUCAGGUGGCAGCCCCUCCGGCCCCUCCAGCAGCUCCAGUGGUGGGCGUGAGGCUGCAAGGCACAGGGGUUGA